AUGGAGAAGAUCCUCGUCCUGCUGCUGGUCACCCUGGCCGUGGCCUACGCCGUCCCCGACCCCCGCGGGAUCAUCAUGAACCUGGAGGAGGGCGAGCUCUGCAUGAACAGCGCCCAGUGCAAGAGCAAGUGCUGCCAUCGCGCCAGCGGCCUGAGCCUGGCCCGCUGCGCGCCCAAGGCCAGCGAGAACAGCGAGUGCUCCGCCAAGACGCUCUACGGGGUUUACUACAAGUGCCCCUGCGAGCGGGGCCUGACCUGCGAGGUGGACAAGUCCAUCGUGGGCUCCAUCACCAACACCAACUUCGGCUUCUGCCGCGACCAGAGCCGCUCCAGGGAGUGA